GUCGAAGAAUAGGAAUUUAAAUGAAAACAUAGAAGUUCCUAACAACAUACCGCAUAGAUUAUCUAUAUAAUGGAGUAAUUACUGCUUAUUCCAGUUAAAUGGAUGAGGUUUGUGAUAGAAAACCUUCUGAGGAAGAUCUGCUCGGCUGUUGGGAGGUAACGUCAAAUCCCAGAAAAUUAUUUGCCACAAAAAUCAAUAAUGGUUUCAGUUUUGCUGACAUUUCUCUCGACAAUGAAUGUUUUCAGAUAGUGUCUUGCAAACUACAAGAAGAGAGAUACCCAGACGUCGAAGGGUAACUUCUUAUUCAUUUCUGUAAACUGUAUAUUUUUUAAUGAUUUGAAUAGCUCAUCCUAUUUUCUGUCUGUGAGCGCAAAUGUUUUGUGGUGAAAAUUUAAUUUUGUUGGGUUCUAUUUAGUCUCGAACGUUUAUGCGACACUUCAACAAGCCCUUAAAAUUACUUUUUAGUGAUGUGGUCAAACACGCAGCUCUGUAGCGUUACUUUGAUGUAGUUAUUCAUUGCUUUAUUUUGAGAUAUAGAGACUGCGUAUCUUUAGAGCCAACAGCAUAAGUUAAUAAUUAUAUGAUUAAGUUCUACCACUAAUAAUAAUAAUUUCCACCUGUUUUGUAACUUUUUUUUGAUGGAGCUCUAUCAAAUGAAUAAGGACACAUCCUGGGAAAUUGCCAAGAAACUUAAUUUAAGAAUACACAUUUAGGGGAGCAAAGCUUAUUGAAAAACAAUCGCAGAGUUAAAAUAUUUAAAAUAUUAUUACUGAAACAGCUGAAAGGGUACCUUACUUCACUCAAACUUUUUUGAUAAGUUAAGUCUGUACUCAAGCCAAGUGGCCUACCCAGUUGGAGCUUAUUCUGGUUUCCCAAGCAUGAAGGGCCAAGGAGUAGCACUGCUUUCCCCUGGAUGGGUAGCCAGUCCAUUGCAAGGUUACCCCCCUCUCCCCCUAGUAUUUCACCAGGCUUUCUUGUUAAUUUUUUGGUAUGCAUUUAUACUCUUGGCUGGAGAGGCACUACUUGUGAGUAAAUGAUAAAUUUUGCCCAAGACCACAAUGCAUUGACCAGGGCAAUAGGUCUGAGUUCGAGACCUGGCCUGGAGUUCAUUGCACUUACUAUUAGACCAAUGAAUUUCCCAUCACCUGCUAUCACCUUGUAUGCAAAGAAAUUUCUUCUUUGAUUUGUUUUCAGUCAUUUAUAAUCAUCUAAUCAGGUAUUCUACCAUUUAUAAUUAGCUAUUUAUUCCCCACUCUCUCAAACUGUGUCUUGUUCCUCUGUCCUCCUGCAUAUUUCUGUGAGUUUUUAAUAAAAAUGGACUUAAUUUUUACAUAAAUUACUAUUAUAUUUAUGAUUUCUUUGUAUAGAAUUGAUAAUCUGUUUCUUUUUUCAGGGUACAAUUCAGUUUAGAGGAAGGUGGUGAUCUGAUCUGGAGUGUGCCUCCAACAUCAGAACAAGAUACACUUCCUUUCUUUUCUUGUGAAACAUUUGUGGUAAGAGAACUUUAGACAAGUUAGUGUUUGCAAGCUUUUUGUUUGAACGCUAGAAAUUUAAUACCAAAGUGUCUCUCCUCUGGAUCUGGAGAUUAUCUUUGGUAAAACAACUCGCCUCUAAAUUAUAUUCAUCAUGCAAUUCUUGAUCUAGUAGUGUUACAGGUGUAUUUGUUGAAAUAAUUGUUUGCUCUUGAAUACUGUUCUGUUAAGAAUGUUUAUAACUUAAAGCUCUAUUUCACAACUGUUUUUAGUGGCUGAAUUAGAUUUCUUCAAAUCACAAAUUGUUAAUAAAUUUAUAUGUGGGGCAAAGAGUCUUCUUUUUCUUGUGCAGGUCGAUGGCUUUUCAGGAGAGUUGGUUUGUUAUGGCAGCAAUGUUGACAAAAUUGCUUUAAGAGUAAGUCAAAAGUAGUAUAUUGCUGAAUAAGUAACCUGUUUUGGUUGCUCGUAACAAGUAGAAAAAAGUUUUGACUACUAAAUUUGUAUUGAAAGAUGCCAAUUGGAUGACCAGUCUUUGGUGGUUUUUAUUUUCUUUUCUUAAAAAAAUGCAACUUAAACAUAUCAACCAUGUUAAGAUCAUGUAAGGUGGUGUCAAAUGACAACUUGGUAACAGGUAAUAACAUUGCUGUUACUAAUUUACUCCUUGUAAGCCUUGUAUGCACUUUUUUUUUUUACCUUAUUGGCCAAUCUAAAGUCAAUUGUCAUCAUGAAAUACUUGGAUCAAUAUCAGUAUCUGGGCAACUGCCCACCUACCCCUCCCCUAACUCAACAACAGUCAAUUGAUAACAAAUUAGGGUUAAUGUUGGGUUAGGGGAGGGGUAGGUGGGCAGUUGCCCGGAUACUGAUAUUGAUCUAAAUACUCCUUACAUUGCCAUACAUUAUGUGUCAUUUUAGUACUGAGAAUUUGGAUUUGAAUUCAUCAGUAUCCCUUAAUUCAUAUAUUACUAAUUCUUUCUUCUUAUUACCUUUCUACUUGAAAACAAAUGGAAAUUUGUAAGGGAAAAACCCUUUUUGCUCUCUUCAGGAAGUGAACAGCUUUUUGUUUUGAAGGAUUUGGCGACAGGCUUGUGAAUGUUACCCUUUUCUCCUUUCGUGGAUGCCCUCCGAUUCCUUCCAUUCUUUCUUUUAAUUUCUUUCCUUCUGUCACUCCAGUCUUGCAUUUUUCACGUUUCUGUAAUUUCUACAUAAAGUUCCUUUUUGUGUACAUGCAGUCAGUGUUACGGUUUCUCAUUUCCUUACAACAGGCAAUUCAUUUCUGUAAUUUUUUGCUCUAUAGUGUUCUCUUGAAUCAAACCAGCUGGUCUUGUGUUAUGACAGACAUUUAAAGUUGUGCUGUCGAAAGGUAAAAAUAUGUUCAACAGCUUUGCAUUUAAUAUUUCCCUAUCAACAUCACAAUGACUAGAAAUGUAAAAAAAAAAAUCUGGUCUGGAAAAUAAUGAAUUCAGAAUGAGCACCACAUUCCAAAAACAAUUGUCAUUAGGAUGACACUUCUCAUUAUUUAUCAUGACUUUAAACUUUUCAGAAAUUGGUUAAAGGCGUCACUCUGUAAAGGAAAAUGAUAGUUUAUUAGACUAAUUAUUUUCUGCUCUACUCUAACGUUUGUCAAAGUUUAUAAUAAUUAUAUCGCUGUGGCAAAUUAUUUUGCCGUACUGAGAUCCAAGCCCUAUAUAUUUUUUCAGUGACUAUGCCAGCUUUGUAAAAUGCAUUAUUACAAUUUCCCAAUUUUGCAUUUAUCUUUUUAAUUAGUUUCUCAGAAUCUGUUUGGUAGACCCUUUCAUUUUGGAAUUAAAUACAUGUGUUUUCAACCCAGGUGGAUCAAGUGAACUCUACAAAUCUUUCACAUGGUCCAUAUUCCUUACUUUCUGCGUUGAAGGAGGGCUUUUUCACAGAUAUCACCCUUACUGCUAGCAAUGGUGAAAAGGUGACUCAUUAACAAUCUAAUAGUUUGAAUAAUGAAGUCAAUUUUGGCUUUUAUAGUGAAUUUUUAUUUAAUAGUAGAGUCUGGGAAUCAAGCACAAAUAUCAUGCCACAUUUAAGGCCAGCUGAAUAUUUUGUAUUUUUGUCCAUAAAAAAAAAGACCUGUUUAACCGGUAAUGGUCCACUAAACACAAUACGCCUCUCUAUCUGCUUCACUUUUUCAGCCUUAUGAGAAAUAAGCAUAGAAUCAAGCAGUUGGAUAACAAAUUAUAAUAGUUGUUUGUAUUUUGACAUGCCCUAUGCGCUCUUUAAAAUAUGGCACAACUUGUAAAAAUACUCAGCAAUACUACACACCAAAAUGUCUAAUUAGAUAUAUUUUGCCUAUUUUAUUUAAGUCUAUACAUGUAAUAUUAUAGCUGAGGCAGUUACUAAGUAUUAUUAGCUAAUACUUAAUAUUUCCAAAUACAGUCAUAUGCAGUGGGUAUAUUCAAGGAUUUAAGCAAAGACAUUUUUGAGAUGCAGAUGGCAAACAAAAGAGUAAUUCUGGCAUACUUUGGUGUAAAUUAUUGACUGUUAGGUCAUGGUUUUUGCAUUUUAAACAUAAAAGGUGCAGACCAGAAAGGUAAGUGAGCACUAGAAAUGAGAUCUUUAACCUUUCAGCUGCUGUCCAUGUUUCAAAAACAUUUGUGCAUGAGCCUCCUAUAUUUCUUGACCCAGAAGAUGUUUUGAUGAUCUCAAACUUUUCUGCAUCAUCAGAUUUCUUUUAUUAUUAGUUCAUGAUUGCAAUGUUCAUUGUUUACAAUAAAUGUAUGGAUUGACAUCCUGGGUGACAGUAUUGGAAUGUAAUUUACCUUCAAGUUAGAUCAAGUGUUUUCAGUUAAAGCUGGGUUGGCCCCUUUGCCAUUUAACGUGCUAGACUGUGGAUCAAGAGGUCUUACUAUUGUUUGAUCUCUGGCUGGUGUCAUGAAAUUAUGUCCUCUUAUAAAUGAAAGGUGACACACCUUUCUGUGCCUCUUUUUACGGUAGAGUUUGAAUGGGUACCCACAAUCUGUGAGAGAAGUGUGAGUUAGUGGUGGGAACUACCAGCAAUUAAGUAGCAUCUGGUCUGGGAAGGGUGGAAGUACCCUACAAUGAUUUGUGGUGCAGAAAGUGGGACAAACUAUGGUAUCAAAGGGUCACUGGGUUCCCAAGACACCUUUUUCUUCAUCCUGGUCCACUUUUUUUUAAUCUUUACUUUUGCAUUGUUUUUUAGUUCCAAGCCCACAAGACAGUCCUUUCUUGUUUCUUUACUGAUGUCUGUACAUGGGACAAAAUUCCUCCUUUAUUAGAAAAUCAGCCAUCAGAUGUGCUAAGGGCACUGUUACAUUACUUGUACACCAGUUGUUUGCCAGCUGACAUCUCAGAUGAAACUGCAAAAGAGCUUCAAAAAAUUUCUCAGUUGAAUGGGAAGGAUAUUGGACAUCUAAGCAAGCUUUGUACUGAGUAUCUUGAAGCAACAGCUGUGAAAAAUAGUAAGCUAUUGAUGAUGUUUAAGAACAUUUUAUGUUAGAUCUAUUUCAUUUCCAGCUUCCCCUUUUUUAAUUGUUAAAGUGAAUCAGGCAGCCUUCGGUAAUUUACAGCGUAGCAUCAGCUUUGAAACAUUGUCUCUCUAUACACAGAGAGGCUCAAUGGGAGUCAAUGGGAGAAGAUUUCAACAACAUGCCAUGGCUAAGAUUUGAUUAAGAGAUACAAAAAAAGAUUUGUUUCUAGGGCUUCCAUCAGAAGGACAACAUCCUUUAUCAUUCAUGACUGUGGCCUCAAUCCUGUCUUUCUUAUUUAAGAUACCAGUUCUCUUUCAAGUUUUCUUAUUGUGGUUAAUUUAAAAGUGAAAGCAUUUUGAAAACUACUCUCAGAGGAGAAUGCCUCUCAUGGAUCUGGCCACAGCAUGAUUCAAUCCUCAUAAAAAAAUGAUCCAUGUUUAUUCCUGAUUCAAAUGCAGCAUAUGGCUUGGGUUACAUGUAAUUUCUGAAGAAAUAGACUGCUCCCUGCUCCAAGGCCCUUUCUGUAGGUUUUUUGGUUUUCUACCCUCCAGAGAAAACAUUUCAAAAUAGUUGUGGUUCAAGUUAGAGUCAGUGAAAAGAGAACCUCUCUUUGCAAUGGCCAACUGAUGUGUAUCUAUAAUUCACUUUAAUUAUAUUUAAGUCCAUAGGACAUCUCUGCUCAUGGGUGGUUGGGCAUUAUUGAAUAAAUACAUUAGUCUUAAGCUCAUAACUUGGCUUGGAUCCCACUACCUUCCAAAUUCUCCAUCUUGCUUUUUUUCUUAAUGUGACCUUGUCCAUGCACCUUUAACCCUUUUCACAGUUGGCAGGGUUUUUUCCACAUAAAGCAUUAAACCUUUCACUCCCAAGAUCUAAUUAGUAAUUCUCCUUACUAUCUGCCAUACAAUUCUCACCUGCCUGCUUGAUAUUGUAUUGGUAUUGUUAGGAGAAAUUCUGUCUUGGUCACUUGUGGGAGUGAAAGGGUUAAUCAUGGAAGCACAAUGGAUACCCAUCUUGUCUUUACUAUCAAAAUGGUACUAUCCUCAGUCUACUACAAUUCUUCAUCACAGAACUGUUGAGAAUUAUCUUUUUCUUUAUUUUCCAGGGAUCAAAAGUCUUCUCAGUGACUUAUAUAGUAUAUUGGAGUACAUUUUACAAAUAUCAGAAUCUUUAGCCUCAGGAUUUCGUCAUGAUAGAACAAGUAAUGGAACCGUCAACACUGGAAAUGGAUGUAGAGUAGAUUCUCUAAAGAUAGUCAAAGUUACCAAAAUGUCACUGAGGCAACUAUCAAUAGGUAAAUAAUUUAUCUUAACAAUUAUAGUUUGUCUAAUUGAUAUGAGCAGCUCUUCAAAGUGGAUGUCCUUUGUUGAUCCUUGCUGUUGACAAAGAAGAGGGUCACAGCAAGAACAAGUAUAGGUGCUCAGUCUGAAAGUCUCUGUGCUUCAUGCCUCAAACCCUUUAGACUUGCUCCAUGUCCAGGUUGACAUGGAUUCAGGCACUGUCCCAUCCUGUGCUAUUGGUGUGGUACUGCUGAUACAUCAACCAAUUAGUGCAUCACAGUAUUUGAGCUGGUACUCUGCUGAAAUGGGAUAACUUUACUCCAUAGGGUAGCAAAGGGGUAUCCUGAUCCUGUUUCAUGUACAAAUUUUAAAAAAAUACAUGUCACAUGUACUUUGAACAGUAUUUCAUGCAUCAAAAAUUUAAAAGAGAGAGCUUCAAAUCUCAGUCUACCCCUUGCCUUUUGUUAAAAUUAAUGCAUCACAUAAUUAUAUAUUAAUUUUGGGCCUAAUUGUGUAUCAUCUAUAUACCCUUUGCCACCCUCACUCCUCUGUGAUUAUUUGGGGACAAGCCAUCAGUGGAUAAAUCAGAAAUUUGUUUAAACAGUUAACUUACAUAACACGAUUAUCAAUGAUGUCCUAAGAAGUACUUUUCUUACCUUCUAUCCAUUGUAGAACUAUUAAGACUGGAGUUGUUGAUUACACAAAGGUGGUUUGGAGUAAAAAAAAUUAACUGAAGUUUCAUUAAAUUACCAAUGUUCCGCUGUUAUCCUAUUCUUACCAGGAAUGUUGAAGUUUGUUUUGCUCUGUGACAUUUUUACCAAACACAAGUCUGACCUAUCAAGAGAAGAGAGACAAGAUAUUAUUCAGCACUGUUGGAAGAGGUAAAAGAAGAGAAAUUUUCCAAUAUUUUGGGAUCUUCUGGAAAUUCCUUCAGCACUAGGUUAUGACUUAUUUGGUUCCACUUGGCACAGUUGUCUUCUUUUUCUGUUUUUGUUCAAUCAAGCACUGACUUCAGUUUUACUGUGCCCAUGUACAGUGUGACAUGAAAAAUGGUAUUACACUAGUUCUAUAUUUCUUUAUUAAUUUUUUUUUCCCUCCUAGGUUGCCUUGUUUUGUGGAACUAGUAGAGAAAUUCUUGACAGUUUUCCAAGGUGCUUUAUCUGGACUCAGUGAGUCUGAGAGGGAAGACAUGGCCUUGCAUCUUAUUCCAGAGGUUUGUGAAUUUGAAAUAACUAUAACAGUUAAGCUUCAUGGCUCUAUCUUUUAAUAUCAAGUAAUUGUUGAUAGAUCGAUUGGUACUAUUGUAAUUAAAAUGUUUUUAUAACAAAUAAUAAACAAAAUUGAUAUUGGGACAAGAAGUGCUCUUGCAGUGUUUUUCUCCCCAUCUGAAAUAUUGAAUGGUUCCAACAAACUGGCUUGGAAACAGAGCGAAGUUAUCUGAAAUUAAUUAACCUUCCUUCAUCUCUUGCCCCAGAAACUGGGUCAAGAACAGGUUAUUUCAGGAUCAAUAAGCUUGUACAAGGGUUGAGGGAGGAAUUUGUAACAGAAGGGGGCACCCUACUAUUUCCUAUUACUCCAUUGUGUUCUUUUUCUGUACAUAGAUUGAGAAGAUUUGGUUAACAUCCACUCAGCUGGGAAGUGAUGCCAAUUGUGCUCUGGAGACAAUUACACGGAAAGUAGACAAAGAUCAUAAAUCAAAAACACAUCUUCCAAAGAUGGCAACUUCAUUAAGUAGAACGCUCAGAAAUGUGAGUAAAUACAAAGUAUUUAUAGAUCAUACUAUUGGUAAAUCUACUUCAUCAAAAAGAAAAGAACAAAUUGUGAAAAGGGAACUUUAAUUUUAACUUUGAUCAUGUACCCUGGUUGCAAAACCAAUCAAAUGUCAUGAAUUGCAUAAUUAUGCAAUAAUCAGGUAUAGAUAGAGAGUGGAGUGUGGCUGUGCUCAUUGUUUGUGUGGCUAUGUUCAUGUUUAUUCUAUGAAAUUUUGGGAAUGGGAAUGUUUAAUUCCUCUUUGUAAGUAAACUGAGUUUGAUGUUAGUGUAGUAAGUUCUGUCACUUACAGUACGAACAGAGGAAACAAGGUUAUAAGAUGCACCAAUCAUAGCUCACAUACAAACUAAGAGAUAUUAGUAUGAUUUGGAUUUGUGUUAAAUUUGUUUAAUCUUCAGGCAGUUCACCUUAGAGAAGUUAUAACACUUAAAAGAUUUCACGAUAAGGUCUCAUCAUCACUUAUGUUUCUGCUGCAAAAAAGGUGAGAAAAUCUUUUUUCCCAAGCUCUGACCCUAUAUUUAGAUUAAAUUGAUUAAUAUUUGUUGAACAAAAGCUAAGGCUGACUUUAUGUAUACUAACUAUUAUUCAUUGGGAUUAAAGCAUGGAUCCUGUUUCAACAGAAAGUCUUCACAUUCCAAAUUCUUUGCAAAUCCUUUUUAAUAGGAGUUGACCCCAUAUAAAACUCAACUUUAAAUCACUAUCUGUUCAUAAAAUUAACAAUGUUUUAUCACCUGGUAUUUUUUUUGAUAAACAAUUAUAUAAUUUAUAGUUACUAUCGUCAAUUGGGAUAAAUAAUUUAUUAUUAUUAUUACUAUCAAAUUAAUUAUUCUUAUCACUAUUUUUGUAAUAGUUAUCUGUCAUUAUUUUAAAUACCAGCACUAGCACUAGUAGUAACACUAGUAUUUGUUUUCGAAUUUUUAAUUAGUAUUAUCCUUAAUGUCCACGUAUUCUCGCUGUUUCAGGGGGGAUUUUACUUCUUUAUCAGAAGAACAGAAGCUGAGAUCUGUGUUAAAGACCAUGGAUAAUAUGAUGCUAGAGGUCAGUAAUAAUAAGUAUGUGUUAUUAGAAGAGACUAUUGUAUUAGUAGAGUGGGUAUACUGAGAGACAGCACUGGAAAGGGAUCAACAGUGACGUAUGCAGAGGUGGCUUGAAGGAGAGAGGCUGGGGAAGACCAAUGGUUAAUUGUAGGGGGAGGGGUGGGACUGUUUAGGGUGGACUUGUAUGAAAUACGUUGGGAUUUCAUGUAACUGUUCAAAGUUUUGAGGUUAGAGAAACAAGGUGAGAGUCCAGUUAAUCAUCGAGCAUGUAGAUGAUGUUUUUUAAUCAAUGCAGAUACCAGAUCACAUUCGCACUCUCCAUAAAUUUCCAAGAAUAUUUGAGAAAAAGAUGCCAUGGAAGCAGUGGAAGUAUUUGUGUAAAGAGUGGACGUCAUUCGUGGUAAGAAUUGGCCGAUCUAUAGCAAGUAAUUUAACGUCAUAAUUAUUAUAUAGGAACAUUUUAGGGCAUCAAUAAUUCAACAAGUGGUUCUACAAUAGACCAAAAUUUAUCAAACAACUUAAACAAAAGCUUUAUUUUAAUUUGUUAGUUUUCAGAUCAUGAUAGUUGCACUCGUCAGUAAAACUUGUAGACUGUUUACAUAGGGAAGAAAGGAUGUUAGGAACAUCUAUUAAAGAAAACUUACUGGUAAACCUCGCUGGUCAGUUUUUGAACAAGGCGCCUAUUAUUUAAGUUUUCCUGGGGCAUAUGGGUGGUGAUUUUGUGACUUUUGUGCAUAAACUUAUUUCUUUUCGCAGAGUCUUAGUUUACGAAAAGUGUUAGCAAACAAAGAUAUUCUUGAGCCGGUGGUGGAACAGACAAUUGCUUUAAUUCAUGAAGACCAGUUUACAAAUCUUGUUCAGGAACUUGGUUUCCGAAAGGAGAGUUUUAGUGAGGACAAGGACGAGGACAUCACUAGAGAAAAGGUAACUUUUUAAGGAGAAAUCGCUCUUCACGGAUGUAAAAACUUCCUUAUUACUGAGAAAAAUGAGUGGGAACACUUACAGAACAUGGCGAUGGUAAAACAGUCAUUAAUAUUCACUGCGGUCAGUCUCUCGAAAUUUAUUUAUUCAUUUUUUUUUGGUGGGGGGGAGGGGAGACAUAUAACUGUUUCUUGUUUGAUCCAUCUGAACUUUUCGUGAAAAUCAUGUGAUUGCUUAUUGAUGAUAUCCUUGCAAUUGUUAUUAUAAUACAGGAAUAGUUUAAACUCUGUCGAUGAACAGUAAGUUUGGGGGAAGGGGAAAGGAGACAUAUAACCUAUUUCCUAUUUAUAAGUUUUUAGAGGUUGUAUGUAUUUAAAGAACGCUUUAGCGUUUAAAUAAGCAAUCAAACGUUUCUCGAAAUUUCUUUUCAUAAGAUUGUUUUUAUGACAAAAAGGCUUUUUAAUUAAGUUGACUUUCUCUUCUUUCUUGUAGAAGAGCAGAGGUCGUGUGGAGUCAAUAAUAACUUGUCCGCCGGCUGAUAAGAGCCCGCUGGCUCAAUCAGUCAACCAGCUAUUGAUAUCUGGAGCUCAUGCAGACAUGAAAUUUAUUUUUGACAAAACAGACUUAUCUCAUUACUCCGCAUGCACCGAGUGCAAAAGAAUAUGUGAUCAGAACGUAAUGGAGAUUGCUGCCCAUCGUGUUAUUGUAGCUACACGUUGUGAUUGGUUUAGACGGGCACUGCUGAGUGGCAUGAAAGAAUCUAUAGAAAGGUACGAGGGCUUUGUUAAAAGCUCCUUUUUGGGGUGCGAUGCCGAUCGUUUACAUAUUGUUUACGCAACUGGUUCACCAGUUCGCAGUCGAAAAAAAGGAGGGAAAAGCUUGACCUGAGAAGCAGUUGGUUUAAAUAAGAAGAGCAAUUUUAAACUGAAUUUUAAAAUUAGCUUAGUUUAGUUCUGUUCCCUGAUUGGUCUGUAAAACUCGCCCCAGCCUCUUAACCAAGCAAAAGUGUUGUGAUUACUUCUGUCUUUGGUUGUACGACACUCAAUCGAAAAACUCUCUAAAGGAGUAGUUACGUCAAUGUUAGCAAUAUCUUGCGUUUUAUUCGUUUACCUCAUCGAACCCCAGGAAUACCUAGAGGUCGUUACUUCGUGAAUUUAUCGCCUUAAGGGACCGAUUGCAAAAAUGUCUGGUUUCUCACUCGUUUGCGUGUGAACGGAAGAAAGGAAAUGCAUAGAAAAUACACGUACGGACCGAAGCGAUCGACGCCUUAAGAAAAUCCGUUUACCAAUGUUACUGGACCCAAACCUAAGUGAUAAAAAUAAAGAAACAUUUCCUUUAGAUAGAGAGGAAGAAAGAAUGGCGUAUUUCUGAACUCCUCGGUCUGGUCGACAUUUACUUGUCUAAUGAGUUUGUUGGCCGAGUUGCCAGUGAUAGAUACGAUUUGUUGGUUUUCAGGCGGAUUUUAAUUCCCGACACGAGUCCAUGUUUGUUCUACAAGUUCCUUGGUUAUCUGUACAGCGGUAUUCUUGAUAAGGACAGCCUUAGUUUGGACGAGCUUGCCGAGGUGAUAGCAUUGAGCGAUAAGUACGAGGUAAGGGGUAAAAUUCUUUUCUUCUCUCGACCACGUUCUUCUUUGUGUUUGACACAAUUAAUGCAGUCGGAGCAUUAGCGUAAGCAGUACUCAUUUAGAAUUUCAUUCCAUGGUUCGUAUGGGAAAACAGAAAUCUCUCGAUAGAGCAAUUUUUAAAAGAGCGUCAAAACUAAUUGGGAAUCGCUUUGGUUUUGCUUUAUUCCGGUUGUUUGUUUGAGAAAACCCGCGCCACACUCUCAACCAUUCAGAUUCAAACCAAAACCAAUCACGACCUGGUCACACGCGUUUUCCCGCGCUUCAGGUGUAUUGCUUGUUGUUACGUCGAGUCUUUAUUCUUCGUGAUGUUUUCCUUGCCAGGAUUGGCCGUCCACAUCUCAGUGAGAACUCUUGGUCGCAAAGGAAUUUAUUACUAGUAUCUCUGUCUCUAUUUUUCUUCGAUUAUUGAUGGCUUUUUACAGAAAAUUUGGCAUUUUCAAUUCCAGGUGGAUUCUCUAAAAGAAAUUUGUGAGGGAGUCUUACUUCGAGACAUCGAUGGAGAUAACGUUUUGCUGUAUCUUGGUAUGGCGGAGCAGUAUUCUGUGGCUCUUUUAAAGGUAGGAGACGCGUAGAGCACCGAACGGGACUACAUGUAACUCACGGUGCCAAAAAUUUCCAAGUUCGUCUUUCAUGAGUCAACUUAAAAUCAAUUCCCAGUUUUGGUGUUUUGAUAUUGCGACAUAACCCUACAUGAAGAGUACUUAUGUUUUUUGUUUUUUCUUGUUAUUUUUUUUUCAGGAGGAAUCAUUUAACUACAUAACGUUGCAUCCUGAAGUCUUGGAAUCAGAAAUGUUUGAAGAGCUCCCUGACACUUUGAAACAAAGUAUCGAGGACAGAAUUCGUCAAAACAUGUAAGUGAAUUUUGGUUGGAUAUACGGUAAGGUCAGCGGGUCAUAAAAAACACUCCUUUACUGUAUUGACCUUGCUUUACUUAUGACUCGCCCACGAAGCAAACUCCAACCUUUAUACCAAUCUGAUUCCACACAGAAAUUCGGGAAAACGGAGGUGAUCUAAGAACAACUGUAGAGGGAUUAUUGAGGCUCAGUGGGGUUUUCAGUCUCUGAGGUUCAUCCUCUUUAACUUGCAUUCAGGUCGUAAGACCAACACAUCUCAUUGGAUGACAAACAUUUUCUUAUAAUUUAGGCCACAGGCUAAACCAAUAACAGAGGAAGUAAAUCAGGCACUUGCUGUAAGUAUUAAUAUAAUAUCUUUGAAUGGAAGUUACCCCCUUGUAUUUUAUCUCGUAACUCUGCAUACGAGACUUGCUCUUUCACUUGCUGGAGUACCGGUAGGAGUACCGCUUCUCCUCCAACAUUGGGUGAUGAUGAUAACGAUGCAUUUAUGUAACGCACUCUCUACAGGAAAAUGCCCUAAUGCGCUUUACGACAUUGUGGGGGACUUAACCCAGACUGCAUUGAGGAGUUACAAUUGCUGAAAGGGAAUUUUGCAGGUGCUCCCAACUUAGGAAUUUUUUGAAACAAGGCCAGACCACAACACCGGAGCUACGUUCCCUACUCUUUGAGAGAAGUGCGUGGGUUCUUUAACGUCCACUGCUAACUAGUACAGACAAGAUGCAGGAGACGAGAGUUCAGGUUUUCUUCUUCAUCAAAGAAGACUAGAAAGUCUAAUCAUUUCCAGAUGUCAUAGCAAAGAUAGCACAUUCUUCUCAGCUAUUUGAGACCCUUAGUAUUUGUCCGGUCUAGAUACCAGUCUUCCAUAGACCCCCCCCCCUUUCCGGUUUUUCAUCACGUUUCCCAGGUAGUUGGCCUUUAUUUUUUUAUAUUCAGGAGGGAGAGAGUCAUUGUGAGGGUUGCACGUCCUUCCUCUAGGUCUCGCCAAAGAACGCAAUCCAGUUACCCUGGAUUGGCCAUGAAUUCCAGCGCGCUGAUCGUGUCUUUUAAUCCACAGAUUACCCGUUUAGAAGAUUUUGAAGGCCUGCUCGAGGACGAUUUUGUUGAAUAUUCGGAGGACAGUGAUGAUGACAACGACGAUGACGUCAUGCCACGUGGUAACAGUCAAAUAGAGCGUUGUAUUGAACAACUUCGUGAUGUCCUCGGAGAUGAUGUGCCGCGGAGAGAACUGGUACGAGUGACUCUUGCGGCGGAUUGUGAUCCUAACAGAGCUCUUAACUUUUAUUUCACUUAACGUUUUAGAGGAAAUUUCAAAGCUUAUUUCGGGUAUUUCACAUGAAAAUGGUAAAACUACAGUAGAACCUGUAUUAAGUGGUCACCAAGUAUUUUGCGGUCGGUUGUCAAAGUCCCGAAUUUGUUUCUCUCCAAUAACUGUUAAGCGGUCUUGGUCACCUUUGAGUAAGUGCCAUCGGUUAGUUUUUUUCCCACCUCUACUGAACGGUCACUUUAAGUGUAUCAGCUCAAAUUAAACUAAGAAUAGCCUUUUAAAUAAAAAUGAGUCCAUUUUAUCGCCCGAAAUCAAUGUUAGUGGCAUUUUUGAGGGAUUUUUUUGUACAUAAGUGGUCAGUUAUGGCAUUAAACGGCGUUUUUUCGUGGUACACCUAUCCUGUGGAACCUGUAUUAAGCUGUGGAACCUGUGUUAUUCCCGUGGGUGACCGCUUAAUACAGGUUUGACUUUAGUUGGCAAAGCACACGAAAAAUCUUCACUAGCGCGAGAGAUUAUCCUACAUGACGUAACUACUGCCGUGACGUAAUCGUUGCGUGAAACGCUCAAAAAGAAAUGGCGCUUUCAAAAAUUUCUUCUCUGAUGAGGGUUUCAAUACAAAUUCCAGCCAUUUUGCCAGAAGAUUGGGAAACAUUUGAAAAGUAAACCUAACAAGAGAUGGAACGUGUGGGCGGGAACAAAAUAAAUAAAUAAUAAACAGGAGUUGUUGAAGAGAUGGAAGUUAGCGGCCUCUUUUUUCCCUUUGUCGGCUUUGUAAACUGUAAAGCUACGUAUGUUGACAGUGAUAAAUGACAAGUUUUAUUCCGGCAAAAGGUUGAUAAAGGUGUCUAAACACCUUAUCCAAAAAAACACCUUGUUGACACCCUACAGGUCUCCAAGACUCUACCGGUAAUUUAAAAAAUUUUCCAAAAUUUUGACUGGCAAAUCGUUUCUCAAUGUUGAAAUUUUGUACUAAAAAUUGAAAAGUAAGGACGUGUAGAUUUUAUUUUACCCAAUCUCGCCAAAGCUGUCACUCGAUUUUUGUAAAGAGCUUUGAGGUAAAACGUUGAAUUCAAAUGAUUAUGAAUAAUGAUUUAAAACAGUUGCUAUGUUGGACGUUAGCGGGACUCGGAUUGAAACUAAAUGAUGUCUUUUGUACCAAAAAUAUGCCUUAUCUAUAAGAGUAAAUGCUGAAAUUGUAAUAAUUAGGAAAAGUAAAUAAAAACCCA